CUGGGAAUGGUGUGUCUUUUGCGGCGUCCCGUCAUUAGUGCGCGAAGGGAAGUAGGAAGCGACGGAGGUGAGCUGUUCUCGGGUCCGGGAUGGCGGCGUUCCGGGCGCUCGGCCUGGCGCCCUGGCUGGUGGCCCAAGCGGAGCAGAUGGGCCUGACGAGGCCUACUCCGGUGCAAGAAGCCUGCAUCCCUCCUACUCUCCGAGGUCAUGACUGUAUGGGAUGUGCGAAGACGGGGAGUGGGAAGACAGCUGCAUUUGUGCUGCCGAUCUUGCAGAAACUUUCAGAAGAUCCCUAUGGCAUUUUUUGCUUGGUUCUGACACCAACUAGAGAACUGGCUUACCAGAUAGCCGAACAGUUCCGUGUCCUCGGGAAGCCAUUGGGCUUAAAGGAUUGCAUCAUUGUUGGUGGCAUGGACAUGGUGGCCCAGGCCCUGGAGCUGUCCCGGAAGCCUCACGUUGUUGUCGCCACCCCUGGCCGGCUGGCCGAUCACCUCCGGAGUUCCGGAACGUUCAGCCUCCAAAAGAUCAAGUUUUUGGUCCUGGACGAGGCUGACCGUUUGCUGGAGCAGGGCUGCACCGACUUCACCCAAGACCUGGAGGUGAUCCUGGCUGCCGUGCCGGGCGCCAGGCAGACCCUCCUCUUCAGCGCCACGCUGACCGACACCCUGAACGAGCUCAAGCAGAUCGCCAUGAACAAGCCCUUCUUCUGGGAGUCUCCAUCGGAAGUGCGGACGGUGGAAGAACUCGACCAGCGCUAUCUGCUGGUGCCCGAGAAGGUCAAGGAUGCCUACCUCGUCCAUCUGGUCCAGACGUUUCAGGAUGAGCAUGAAGACUGGUCCGUCAUCAUCUUCACCAACACCUGCAAGAACUGCCAGGUCUUGAACAUGAUGCUGAGGAAAUUCAACUUCCCCUCGGUGGCUCUGCAUUCGAUGAUGAAGCAGAAACAACGUUUCGCUGCUCUGGCCAAGUUCAAAUCCAGCGUCUACAAGAUCCUCAUAGCGACCGACGUGGCCGCCAGAGGACUUGACAUCCCUACGGUCCAAGUGGUCAUCAACCACAACACUCCGGGGCUCCCUAAAAUCUACAUCCAUCGGGUAGGCCGGACUGCCCGGGCAGGUCGGCACGGCAUCGCCAUCACCCUGGUGACCCAGUACGACAUCCACCUGGUCCACGCGAUCGAGGAGCAGAUCAAAAUGAAGCUCCAGGAGUUCUCCGUGGAAGAUCGGUCCGAGCGGUCCGUGCUGAACAUCCUCACCCAAGUGAACGUGGUGCGGCGGGAGUGCGAGAUUAGAUUAGAGGCAACCGAUUUUGACGAGAAGAAGGAAAUCAACAAGCGGAAGCAGAUGAUCCUAGAAGGAAAGGAUCCAGACUUGGAGGAGCAGCGGAAGGCCGAGCUAGCCAAGAUCAGGAAGAAGAACGGCGAGUUCCGCAGCAGGGUGCAGCAGACGUUGCGGGAGAAGAAACAGCAGCAGCUGCGGCGGAAGCUGAAUAAGAAAAUGCGUCGGCGGCAGAAGCGGCAGCCAGUCGCAGCCGAGUAGCCUCUUUUGUGCCUCUCAUCCCGGCAUCCGAGGGUCAGAGUCAAGAGAUUGGAACUCGUGUCCCUGUUAUUUAAUACGGUGCUUGGAGGGGAGAGGAUGCCCCCCCCACGUCUCCAGCCAGGAGGGACAGUCCCAUGGAAACCCCCUGCCACGUGGUCACAGCUGGAAGUCUUCCUGUGGAAGGGUUUGGGGGCUGGGGGUUCCCCAAGAGAACUGCUGGCCAGUGGGAAGAGAGAGGUACACUGGAAUCCCCAGGAAGAGGGAUUUGAAAACUGAACAGGGGGCCUGGGCAUCUUCAGAUGCCGGGGCAUCUUUUUCUCCACUUGCCUAUCCCAUUGGCUUUCUUUUCCCAUUCUGUCAUCCAAGUUCACGCCGAGAACCGCUUUUGUUUCACCUUGCCCUUCCGUGACGUCCUGUCGUUUCACACCCCUUGGCUUCCGUUCCAAGAUUGCCUUAAUUUCUCCAUUCCCCGAGGCAGUUUUCCCUGCCCCGUUCAUACGGGAGGAGUUCGGGGUUCCUUGAAUCGGGUUAGGGCCAAACCCCAGGCCCUUAGUAGCCCUGAGAAAAGUAGCUCCCAGCCGCAUUCCCUGGGAGAAAACUAGUUGUCCUCCAUAAGAUCAGAUCCGGGUAAAACAAGGAAAAAAACCCCAUCUUCGCAGGGGUCGUUUCAUCUGGGCCUGUACCCGCUCCGGCCCCCUUCCUGUUCUGUGCCGUAAUUCCAUUACCCUCAGGACCUUUGACUGCUUAAAGGCCAGACUGGUAAUUCCCAGCUUGUGUAGCAGAGAUGGAACGCUGCACCACAAGAAACAAAAGAUCUCUAUGAGUACUGAGUAUACACUCACAGAGGGGGCUGCCCACUGCCUCUCUGCGUGAUACCCUGCUGGGUGAUUGUCGGGCAUCUGCACGGGGUGGGAUUGGGUUGUCCGGUCCCUCCUGACACACCCAACUGUUCUUUGUGCUCUAGCUCAUAUUUCUCGGUAAAAUUCAGUAGUGCCCCUAAUUCGGAGGUGGGGAGAAAUGUGCAUCCAGGAGGUUAUCAGAAAUGUGGGAUAUUCAGGGCUGCGAAUCAUGAGAACUUCAGGAUCCUGGUUUCUGUAUUGAAUAAUUUGUUUUUACUAAAAUAAAAGAAUCUGGUCCCUGAUCCUGCAUGAAUUGGAAGUACUGUGGAUAUAG